GGGCGGAGCGAGGGCGGCAGCGCGGGCCGUUCGUCCUCGGCGGCCAUGGAGCGCUACGUGCUGCUCCUCGGCUGGGGCGCUGCGGCGGGCGGCGCCGAGCACGGAGCCGGCACUGAAGCAGGUAUUGCUGCGGGGGGUGAGGCCGGAGAAGGUAUCUGUGGUCAUUCAGCUGUGACUGUUGCAAAUAUUUAUAAGCUCCUGAAGGAAAAAUGUAAUUCGUCUAUAAAAGCAGAUACAAUGACAUUUCCAGCAUGUUCAGUGGCUGGUGUUCCAGGCAUAAAGAAAUGGUACUUUGCAAGUCAUGUUAUAUGUGGUUAUUAUCAAUUCUGCAGUUCUGACUGGGAGGAAAUAAAUUCUGACAUGCAGAAAAAUGAAGACUCUCUCCAAACAACUAUUGAGAAGUGCCUGGGAAACAUACAGAACUUUGAGGAAGAUGACAAUAACAGCAGGGAGUCACUGUCUAUGGCUGAUGUUUAUGAUGAAGCUGCAGAAAGUCUGCAUCAGUUGGCUGACAGACUGCCUGCCCCAGGAAGAGCAAUGGUGGAUAUAAUACUACAGGCUGUCGAAGGAGAUGCACCCAAAUUAAAAGACUGCUUACCUGUGAUUGGUGCCCUGAAACACCUGAGAGAGUGGCACUCUGCACAAAUCACCAUUGCAACAAGUGACUCUAAAGGCUGGCAAAAGAUUGCAGACUACCUAUCGGCAGACUUUGUCUCCUCAGAUAAUGUCCUGGAUGUUAUCAAUUUGAAAGAACUCUGGAGGGGAAAGGUUCAGAUAUGGGAAAGAAAGUUUGCAUCAGAAGUUAGCUUUCCAGAAUUUUGUAUGAAGAGCACUUCAGCAAAACCUCUCAGCACUUCACAUGUAAAUUCUUGCUUUGCUGUUAAAGAAGAGCAGCGGUGUGUGAAUUCUGAUGCUUUGCCAGAGGUUUUUCAUUAUUAUGGUCCUGCAUUAGAGUUUUUACGGAUGGUUGUCCUCUCUGAACUCCCCCCCUUUUUUAUAUCAGAUCUGGAAUUUGAGCUGAGCCUGGCAAGAAAGGGCAGAAAGGAGAUGUCUGCACUGCUUUUAGAUCAGAUUUCUUCUCUCUCUGGGAAGGUGGGAGCUUUAGUUUCAUUAACAUGCAAUGUAAGCAGUAUAGCAAUCCCAUCCCCUGCCCAACUGAGUACAAAGAAAUGGAAGGAAUAUAUGGCUAGAAAACCUAAGGUCAUUACUGUUCCAGAAAUUGAUCUGAAAGGAGAAUCUUGUAGGUACUAUUUCUUGCUACAAGGCAAUGGUUCAGGAGGAUGUAAAGCAACCUUAAUUCAUUCUGCAACACAAAUCAAUGGUAUGGCCACUCUUGCUGCUGUAAAUAGAAUGCUGAAGACAAAUGCAGGAGAAACAGAGUCAAACUUUCCUAUUGAUGACUUUAUUGAGUCUCUGCCACGGUUUUGUGGAAAGCAAAUUGUACAGAGAGAAAAGAAACUAUCACAUCUCCAGGCAUCUGCCUUGAAGGAGUAUCUCAAGAGAAAGAAAUUGACUGAGCAGCCGCCAGUUAUUUCUACUGGUGAACUCAAAAGCUUAUUAGAACUUACAAGAGAAUGCUUUUUGGACCUAUGGAGAACUAAUCUUCCUGAAUCUGUUCUGCAGAAGGCUGCCAAUAAAACUAGUUCACAUACGGUGGCUUCUGAAUCUGAUUUAAUGGAGCCAAAUCCAUUGGAAUGGCCAGAAAGACACGUUCUUCAGAAUUUGGAGAACUUUGAAAAAAUCAAACAAAAAAUGAGAGCUUCUAUGCUUGCACAUUCAUCUGAGCAAUUGCUUGGACAUAAAGAUAGCCAGCGGGAGUCACUGACAUCACUCGAUGCUAAGGAGUUACUGAAAUACUUCACACCAGAAGGGCUGCCAGUUGGUGAUCUUCAGCCACUGCAUAUUCCCAAACGUGAAAGUGCAUUCUUUUUGACACCCGAGCUUACUCCUCGGAAGCUAAGAGGUCUGCCUUUUGAAAAAGCAGCUGGAUGCUAUUAUCAUGGAAUCGAAUACUGUCUAGAUAACAGGAAAGCUUUAGAGAGAGACUUGGGAUAUGCUGAACUUCAAGCUCGUCUUAUUCGCUAUGAAACUCAGACCACUUGCACCAAGGAGUGCUGCCCUCUGCCGGUCGUCUUGAGCCCUCUGCCGGCUGUUCUGAGCCCGCUGCCGUCUCCUGCAGUCUUGUCAGAGCCUGGAAGCGUCCCCGAUGGAGAGUCUUUACAAAGUGAAUUCAGAACAGAGGUACUGAGGCUAAAACGCAGAUCGAAAGACUUGGAUUGCUUUUGUCCCAGGAAAAGGCUAAUGAAAUCAGAGAGUACAGACUCUCUCCUCUCCCAGGCAAGUGGGGGAAAUGGGAGUCAUAAUGCAGUGGUUGUAACCAGGAAGCGCUCUGAAAGAUCAGUUUCUUUAACUUCAAUGGUGUUGAAACAGUCUGGUCAGCCCCACAAAGCAGCCACGAGGUCUGGCUCAGCAAGCUGUGUAAGUGCAACAGAAUCUGAGACUUCAAAGCCAGUUAAGGAAUCAAGAUCUCAGAAACAUACAAGGAUGCUGAAGGAAGUGGUAGCCAAGACUCUACAAAAACAUGGAAUUGCUGAGGAUCACAAGUGCUUUGCGUCAUGCAGCCAACGUCUAUUUGAGAUAUCAAAGUUUUACUUAAAGGAUCUUAAAACUUCUAGAGGACUUCUUGAUGAAAUGAAGAAAACAGCGAGUAACAAUGCUAAGCAGGUGAUUGAAUGGGUUCUGGAGAAAACUGGCAAGUAGAAACUGCAGAAACACAGCACUUCUGACUGCAGGAAAAACAUGAUACUGAGUAACACAUGCAACCAUGUACUCAAGCACCAGAAGAACUUGGUCAGCAUAAUGACACAGUCAUAGUUCUUAAACACAGUAGCAUCUUUUGAAACAUUUCAUACUGAAAGAUUUAAUUUCUUAAAUCAAAUGAGAAAGGUUUUAUUUUAUAUGUGUAUUUAUUAUGUUUUAUUCGUAAGAGGAAUACAGCUUGGCUUGUUUUUUAUAAAGCUCUGUAUGUUUUUCAAUGAGUGUAUUUUUACUGUGCAUUAAAACAAAAAAUGCUGGAUCUAAUUUUAAUAAUGGAAUCACUUUGUUUUACCUUUUGCACAAAGACCUCUGUUCUAUUUAUUACUACUUGCUGUUGUAUAUACUGAAUAAAACUGUUUACAGUGUG